CACUUGGCAGUAGCAGUAUAGCGCCCAAUUAUUCUCAGCCAGCGUUGUACAAACGCCAGUCGUGUCAAACAGGUGGUUCCCGUUUCCCUUCUACACGUCCCCAUAGUUUUUAAGUUGGUAGAAAGCAAACUAUAAGCCAAAACCGAAGGCGGCAAGGCAAGCCACUCGGCACUCUCUCAAAGUUCUACCCUUCUCUGAGUCAGUGAUCUUCAAAGCAAUCUUUAGGCCUACUUUGUGAAAUCCAUUCAGACAAACGUUCUCAUUUAGGCAACACCUAGCAGAUGGUUUAGCUGUGUUGCCAGAGAAAGAGAGACAGAGAGAUCAAAGGGUGGGAGAGAAGAUAAAUUGAAAGAGAAGUUUAAAACACUGUACUCUCUCAUAUUUGCUCAAAUUGCAAACCAGGAUGGAGCAUAAAUCAAUUGAAGUCUCACAUGAAAAAGAUAAAGACAGAACAAGGAAUGAAGCAACUGAAUUCACUUCUGAAGUUUCUGUGGAAGAUGCUUCUAAAGCAUUGCCAAGUUCUCCAAUAAAUGAUGUGCAGGUUCACACAGUUGCUUGGAAAGGUGGGGGAAUAGAUGAGGAAACUUUGCAAAAUGUGGAAACCUCUGGAGAAGUAAACAUGGAGGUUUCUGUAACAGCUGAGGAUGUUAUUCAAGCUGGAGGCUUUGGAGCUAGGGAUGACAUAAGUAGUUUUCUUCCUGUUGCAAGUGACUGGACUGACUUUGAAGCUUCAAUUCGUGAUGCCAGGGACUAUGAAGAACCUCAGGGAGAAGUACACAGGCCAGGUCUUGGCUGGAGAGAAGCAUCAGAAAGGGAAUAGCUCUGUUCUUUUCACUACAUAAGUGAGUUGUUGAUUUAAAGUUUUUGGUAUUUCUUUCUUGUGGCACCUUUUCAUUUUCAUAAGAUAGACUAUUGUGUUGUUUGGAUUUGUCUAUCUAGUGAUAUGUUGUCUAUGGUAGCGUUAUUUGGUAUCUUGAAGAAAAGAGGAUGCCAGACAUGACUAUAUCAGGAUAAUAUUUAUGGCUCUGUAUAACAUGCUUAAAAUGCCCUUUGUCAGGCUAUAUUAUAA